CAUAAAAUAUAGCCUGUUUUACAAUUUAAAAAAUAAAAUAAAAUCAAUUUUCGUAUAGUGUUCCUAGCGCCCUCUUGCGGCCCUCGGGUGUCUCCGGGCCCCAGUUUAAAAACCCGCAAUACAAUAACUAAUUGCGUUACACUAUCACAGAUACACACAUUGUUCUUUUGUUUGUUUUGUGUUUUGUUUUUCCUCUAUUUAAAAUUUUCAAACUUGCAAACUUGCUGACCUGCAAUUAUAUUGCGACUGCAGUUAUCUUAAGAUAUCAUAUUUUCACAAUUUUUAAGCCGUAAAAAAGGGCAGAUUUAGUUAGAUAUUUUAAAGUAGUUUUAGAUUCUUCUCUCCAGGGUGAAUGUUUGUCGGAAACAGCAGGACAGUGAUGUACCGCCCAUGUGUGUAAGUCCUGUAAGAGCGCAGCACAAUCAUCAUAAAGAUACUUUUUUGAAGCCUUUACGCGGUGAGUGCGUUCAUUAUUAAUCUGGUAUUUACUGUAUAAACUGACACAAGAACCCGGGUUAAGGUCUGAUAGAUGGAAAAUAAGUUUCUUAACUUUAGUUUAUGCUAGUCGAACAGAGUUAGAUGGCAGAUGCAGGAUGGUUAUUGAGCUGGAGCUGCGCUUUUGACAGUAGUUGAAUGGAGAGCCUUUUUCCCUGACCGUUCGCAGUGACGUGCUCAAAUAAUGCUGCCGCGUAGAAGCAUCAUUCCCGAAGAGUUCGCGUUCUCCCCGGCGCUCCUGUCGCCGAUUCACCGCAGACCCGUGUUCAGGGACCGCGUGAACAAAGCGCGCUUCAUCGCCAAGAGCGGCGCGUGCAACUUGUCGCACAAGAACAUCCGCGAGCAGGGCAGAUUCCUGCAGGACGUGGUCACUACUUUGGUGGAUCUCAAAUGGCGUUUCACCCUGGUCAUUUUCUCCAUGACGUUCCUGUGCAGCUGGCUGCUGUUCGGUAUGUUCUGGUGGCUAGUGGCCUUUGCGCACGGGGAUCUGGACCCUAACCGUAAACCUGGCGUAGAGCAGUGUGUCACUAAUGUCAACUCUUUCACCUCUGCCUUCCUCUUCUCCAUCGAGGUGCAGGUAACGAUAGGAUUUGGUGGGCGUAUGAUAACAGAGCAGUGUCCCACAGCCAUCAUGUUGCUCAUAUUACAGAACAUUAUCGGCCUAAUAAUUAACGCGGUCAUGUUGGGCUGCAUCUUCAUGAAAACUGCCCAGUCCCAUCGGCGCGCCGAGACCCUCAUCUUCAGCCGCCAUGCUGUCAUCGCCGUGCGUAACAACCGCCUGUGCCUCAUGAUCCGGGUGGGUGAUCUGCGUAAAAGCAUGAUCAUCAACGCAGUUGUGCACCUCCAAGUGGUCCGGAAGACCACUACUCCAGAGGGCGAAGUCAUACCCAUCCACCAGAUCGACGUCCAGACAGAGAGUGCCGUUGCCAGCAACAGCAUCUUCCUGCUGGCGCCCCUGAUCAUAUGUCACGUCAUCGAUAAGGACAGUCCACUGUACGAUCUCUCAGCGAUGGAGCUGCAGUGUAACGAUCUGGAGGUCAUUGUGAUUCUGGAAGGUGUGGUGGAGACCACGGGCAUCUCCACUCAAGCGCGCACCUCGUACGUGACUGAGGAGAUCCUGUGGGGCCACCGAUUUGUACCUAUAGUGACCGAGGAAGAGGGGGUGUACUCUGUGGACUACUCAAAGUUCGGAAACACAGUCAAAGUGGCCACCCCACGCUGCAGCGCCCGCGAGCUGGACGAGAAGCCCUCUAUCCUGAUCCAGACACUCCAGAAGAGUGAGCUGUCACAACAGAACUCUUUACGCAAAAGGAACUCCAUGCGCCGGAACAACUCUAUGCGUAAGAGCAACUCCAUGCGGCGCAACAAUUCCACACUUGCCGUGCCCAAAGUGCAGUUCUUCACUCCAGAGGGUGGACCAAAUCUAGUAGUCACAUGACAAAAGGACAGCUUAGUGAUUUGCACCAAUCUUUCUUUAAGUCCUUGUCUUUCUCUAGGUCCUUGACAAGCUCUUUCAUUCUUUUUAUCAUUCCCAACUCUGGCCCACAAGAUCCACUUUUCUGCAGAGUUUAGCUCCAGCAGUAAUAAAAUGCACCAGAACAAGCUAUUUAGUGGACUACUGAAAGUUUGGGAAGAUGGUUAAGGUGGCCACCCCGUGCUGAACUGGCCACAAGCUGGACGAGGACCCUCCAUCCUGAUCCAGAUGCUCAAGAAGAGUAAGUUGUUGCACCACAACUCUUUGCACAAGAUUAACUUCAUGUGUCAUAUAACUCUGUGUGCAAGGGCAACUCGUUGCACCGCAACAAUUCCACUCUUGCUUUGCCCAGAGUGUAGUUCCUCAUCUCUGAGAAUGGACCAAACCUUGCAGGCACAUGUCUUUCUCUAUGUCCCAUGUCUGGGCAUACUGGGCCCUUGAAAUAAAAAAAAAAUCUGGGUUUGGCACCAACCUUAAUAAAACACAGUUUUUAGGAUUACUAGGCCCUGUCCCAAAUGAGACCCUAAGCCCUUGUGGUCUUCUCCUUAGACCACUCAGCAGAAGUGUGCAUCGAGAGUGCAUAGUGCAGCAAAGGGUGCACUAGCGAGCAAUCUUCUGAAAAGUAAAAUAAUCAAUGGGACACCCUAAAGCAAUUUUUCCCAACCCUGUUCCUGGAGGCACACCAGCAGUACACAUUUUGGAUGUGACCUUUAUCUGACCCAUCCAUUUCAGGUCUUGGAGUCUUAUCUCAACCAGUGAACUGAUGAGUUGAUUCGGGUGUUUGAUUAGGUAGAGUUCAAAAACGUAGUGUUGGUAUGUCUCCAGGGACAGGAUUGGGAAACAAGUUCAUAAGAAGUUUGCCACUUGGGACAGGGCCUUGAUUCUGAUUGGUUUCCUGCAUGACUGUUGAUCAAGUCAAGUCACCUUUAUUUCUAUACUUCUCUAUACAAUACAGAUUAUGUCAAAGCAGCUUUACAGUGUUAAACAGGAAAAUAGUGUGUCAAAAACGCAAGAGGACAACAGUAAAGUAAAUUUUUCAGUUCAUCACUGAUUCAAGAGCAACAGUGGCAUGGAACCCAAAUUCCAUCUGUGACAGAAAUGGAGAAACCAGGCUCAAAUAAUGAUCUUCAAAUAAUGUGUAAUUCCUGAGAGCUCCACAAAUAAUUAGACACAUUAGUCAACAUGAAACAGAAAUUUCCUAUCUGGCUUCUAAAAGCAUAUUACAGAUUGUACUGUGAACAAUUCUUCUUACUUUCUUUUUGUAAUUUUAAAAUGUCAUGACUGAACAUUAGACUCACCUCUGGUGAUGUAUGUAAGUUGUUGUUGUUUUUUUACAUAACACUUGGAUUUUCUUUUCUUUUUUUAUAUCAAAAGAACCUUUUUCUUCUAUAAUGAACAUUUUGUGGAAUGGAAUGUCUUUUGUGGAUAUUAAGUUUUUCAUGUAACCAUCAAUGCCAAUAAAGAAACUUUAUUUUUAAGUGUACUUCUGUUUCAGCACGACAAUGACAAUGUUUCACAUUUAAAUAAACAACAUUUAUUUUUUCAUUUGAUCUGAAAUAAAUGGCAUAU